AUGAUAAUACACGGAGAAGAUUAUGAUAAAAACUUCAUAAAAGGUACACAAGAAUAUCAUGAUUAUCAAGAUGAUAUAUAUGAAAAUGAAAUUCUUUUGUUAACUAAUCGUUAUGUUAUUGGAUUAAAUUUACUUGAUUAUUUUUAUUCAAUAUUUUUUGGAAAAACUCUAUCGUUUAGUUUUGAACACCGUUUAAAUGCAUUAGAAAAAUUUAUAUUAAAAAUUUUAACAUCAGUUAUAAACGAACAUAUUGAAGAAUGUUAUACAGCUACUGAAAAUAAUAUUAUUUCUCAAGGUCAACGUCCAAGAAAACACUAUCAACAUCAAUCAAAAUUAGUUAUUGUUAUUGAUUUUGACUCAACAUUUAAUGUAACAACGAUUUAUUUACCUGUUCCCGAACUUAUAUUUAUUUGUUUAGCACAGCUGGUCUUUUUUGUACAACAAUGA